AUGGUCCGACUCACUCACAUUUUUACAUUCGCAACUUGUGCUACCAGCGUCUUCGCCUCCUUUGCCCGACGAACUGACCCUCAGGCAAUCGCCGCCAAGCGUGCUGAAGCCAUCAAGAGAUUUUCAUCCACCAUCAAACAACGCGAUGAAUCAGGAUUCCUCAAAGAGCGCGCUCCUUCCACUGGUGUCAAGAAUAUCACGUUUACCAACCCGGCCGCCAGCCAGUUUUACGUCGAUGGGUCGAAUUUCCCUCUAGUCGACUUUGACUUUGGCCCGUCGUGGGCUGGACUGUUGCCUAUUAGUGGGAGUGCAAAUGAGACUCGCAAACUCUUCUUCUGGUUCUUCCCACCUGGUCCGCAAGGUAGCUCGGACGACUUGAUUUUCUGGCAAGACAAAUGGCGGUCCGGGAUGUUCCUCGCUCGAGGGCGCAUUCCAAGAGAACGGGCCAAGCCUGUCCAGAAUGAAUAUAGUUGGACAAACCUUUCGAGCGUUCUCUAUGUCGAGCAACCUGUAGGAACAGGUUACUCAUUGGGAACUCCAACGGCGCAAAAUGAAACAGAUGUCGCCGCUCAACUUGUUGGCUUCUUCCAACAGUUCCUCAACGUCUUCAAGGAGCUCAAGGGCAAAAACUUUUACCUCUCUGGCGAGAGCUACGCCGGAAUGUAUGUGCCUUAUAUUGCGGACUAUAUCUACAGCCAUCCCAGCGCUUUGGAUCUCAAGCUCAAGGGUAUCUGGAUCGCUGACCCUGUUCUCGGAUGGGAUGUCGUUCAAAACCAGAUUCCUGCCGUCAACUUUGUCCACAAGUAUGAAAACGUCUUUGCUUUCAAUCAAACAUUCAUGAAGCAGCUCGACAAGAUUAACAAGAAAUGCGGAUACGACGACUACAUGAGCAAAUACCUCAAGUAUCCUCCCCGAGGCAAGCUUCCACUUCCCGGAAAGUCGGUGGAGUAUGAUGAGGGAUGCGACGUUUGGGACCUCAUCUUCGAGGCAGCUCUGCUCAUUAACCCAGCAUUCAAUGUCUACCGCAUCUUUGACGUCUAUCCUAUUCUGUGGGACGUUCUUGGCUUCCCAGGAUCAUUCCCCAACGAGCAAACCAAACCGCUGUACUUUGAACGUGCCGACGUCAAGGCAGCCCUCCACGCAUCGCCGAACAAGACGUGGGAGGAAUGCACGAGCAUCGACGUGUUCCCCAACGGUGACAAGAGUCUACCACCCACCUUUACCGUCCUACCCAACGUGAUUGAGAAGAGCGAGCGAACGGUCAUUGUUCACGGUUUGGCCGACUAUGUCCUCAUCGCCGAAGGAGCACGAAUUGCGCUGCAAAACAUGACGUGGGCCGGCAAGCAAGGGUUCCAGUCGCCUUUAAAGACCGACUCGUUUAUCGUCGACGGUAUCGGCGCAUACGGGAACAUGCAGUCGGAGAGAAAGCUUACGUAUUAUGAGAUUGUGCUCAGUGGACACAUGGUACCACAAUUCGCUCCCUGGGCAGGGAUUCAGAGCAUGCAGUACCUCAUGGGCUUCCGCUCAAAGCCUUGA